AUGGUGCAGGUCGUCCUAUACAGCACCACCUCCGCCGCAACACUGAAGGUGAAAACGGACAUCACCAAGAUCAGACACAUCCUCGACGCCAAGAAGGUCCCAUACGAGGAGGUGGACCUAGCUUCCACCCCCGAGCGCCGAGCAUCCAUGCUGGCAGGCUCCGAGGGCCUCCUCGCGCUCCCCCAGCUCCACGUCGACGGCCGGCUGGUGGGCGUGGCGGACUCCGUGCAGGAGUUGGAGGACUGGGGCGAGCUCGACGCCCUGCUGCGCGGGGAGGCGUCCGCAGCCCCGGCGGCAGCCCAGUAG